UCGUACGCAAUGUAUUUACGUCGCUGCGUGAAGAGUAAAUAAACAAGAGACGAUCGAUGGAAGAACGGGGCAGGGCGACGGACUGCAGUGUACUUUCAAUUGAAUUAAAUUCAUUUUUACGGACCCACAACUAACCCCUCGCCCCGAUCGGAGUGCUGUCCAGCGAGUCCGUCGAACAGGCCAGAUGGUAGGUGAGUAAUCGGCGACAGAGCAGCAAAAUUAUCGACCGAUGGUGCUUCGAUCAGCUGAUAAGUGAUAACUCCGGUUUGACUGCUGGGGUGGUUCGACGGAUUUUGAAGCUGUAUCCCUUGUCGGAAGAUUUGAUGCUGUGAGAAGCAGUCCACCAGUGAUCCGAUGGAACGGGCAGAACCACGGAACGAUUCCCGAACAAACGCGACAGUAACGAAAACGACGACGAAAACGUACCACGGUACCGAUCCAGGCGUGUCCAGCGCGAGUGGGCGAGGCAACAAGCGGAAAGAUAAGCCGCGAGUGUAAGAUAAACCUCGGGCCCACCACACGGCCGAUCUCGAACUACCUGACCGCGCAGUGUACGACAAGUGUGCCCCGCAUGACGACGGCGUCGACGACAACGAUUACGAUGGCUAACGGUGGUACGGUGCCGGACGGUGACGCGAUGGGAGCAAACAGUGCCAUCAGCAAAAUUUGUAGCGUGUGCGGGGACAAGGCGCUCGGCUACAACUUUAAUGCGGUUACCUGCGAAAGUUGUAAGGCCUUUUUCCGGCGCAAUGCCCUCUCCACCAAAGGAUUUACGUGUCCGUUCAAUGAAAACUGUGACAUUACCGUCGUAACGCGACGCUUCUGCCAAAAGUGUCGGCUGGAGAAGUGUUUCCGGAUCGGCAUGAAGAAGGAGUACAUCAUGUCGGAGGAGGACAAGGUGCUGAAGCGAAAGAAAAUAGAGCAGAACCGUGCCAAAAAGAGGCAGAGCAAUGGGAGCGCUUCGGAAGCGGGCAGCGCAACGAGCGAUCGUGAAACCACACCGGGCCGGACCAGCGUGCCGGCCAAGAUAAAGCGGGAAAAGUCACUGGAAACGUUCGAUGGUGGUGAUUGUUGGAAUAAUUCCUCGUCCUCGGAGUAUGGCACGGGCGAAAUGCUUCAGACGGGUGGUGCGAGCAACUCGUCGACGAUCCUCACAACGACCGCGAUCCUUGAAGCAGCUCCCUCUAACUCCUCCAAUCAAUCGAUGCUAUCCAAUGGUACCUCGAACGAUUACAGUCGGAUUGCUUCACCAUCCGAGCUGAGCAGUACGCCCAGCUCGUCUGCGUACCACAAUCCGCACAGUUCUCUCUCCUCGGAUGCGGAGCUGCUUUCGUCUGCCGUUGCCUCCCUACAGUCGUCUAGCAGUGGUCCGAAACCACCGGAAUCAUCGCAAUCUAGCGGACGCACUUUGGGAAAUGACGAUCGACUUCCCCCCGUGACGAUCGAUUCCAGUGCGGAGGAUAUUGUGAAUCGGAUCGUCAACUAUCCUACCCGUGCCAGCCAAACGAUCGCAUCGCUCAUGAAAAGCCCCAAGGAUGCAGUAUUUAUAAUGUCCAAAAUUAUCAACUCUCAGUGUGAUGCGUUGAAGCUGAUUAGCCAUUUCAUUACCGCACCGGGAGAUGCACUGCAGAUCAUUAGCAAAAUCAUGAACUCUCCGUUGGAUGCGCUGACGGUGUUUGCCCAGUUUAUGAGCUCCCCGACCGAUGCACUUCAGCUGAUCGGAAAGAUCGUUAGCUCGCCGGCCGAUGUGCUACAGUUUAUGCAGCAGCUUAUGAACCAACCGGAAGAUGCGCUACAGGUGAUGAACAAGUUUAUGAGCUCACCGGCCGAAGCACUGCAGAUGAUCAACAAGAUGAUGAACCAUUCCGACAUUGUGAAAACGAUCAAAGAGGCGGCCGAUACGUCCCAGAAAGAUGAAGACGAUCAGCAGCAGCAGCAGCAGCAACAACAGCAGCAACAACAGCAGCAUCAGCACCAAGAGCCACAAUUGCCACCUGCCACACACCAUACUACUGAGCAUCAAAUUCAUCAGACGGAUCUGCCCUCAUCGUGCAUUGAUUCGGUGGCAUCGGAUCAACAUCAGAUGAUUCGCUCGAUCAUGCAAGAAGCGACGAUCGCUACGGAUCCGGUGGGUACGAUCAGUGCAGCCGCUUCGCCAUCCUCCACCUCCAACUACGAGCCUCCGUACACAUCGAUGCUCGACCCGCUGCUUUCCAGCACGACGACCUCCCUAGUACAUUCCCACAACUACAACCACAGCCAUCAGCUGCAAAUGACCACUGCAAUCCAGCCAGCCUCACCCAGCUGCUCGAGCGACAUCGCGGACGUUGUGUUUGCGGCAUCGUCCACCUUUGGCCAUGAUCCACCGAUCAUCGUACCGCCGUCGGAUGAUUUGGGCAUAUUUCAGGACAUCGAAGCGAAACCGGUCAUGCCGCACACGCUCGAGUCGGUCCUGAUGCAGGCCAUCAAGCUCGAGUACGAAGGAUACAACAGCAGCCCGAUCGGGUCGAGCUCGAGCCAGCAGUCGACCACCCAUCACCCGACGGUCGGCAGCAACAGCAUCGAGUUAAACGAUGCUGAAAGAGCCAAGCUGAACGAGCUGAUUGUGGCCAAUAAAGCGCUGUACGCACCGGUGGAUGAUGAUCUCGCCUCACUCAUCUCGGACGACUGCCGGAUAAAGAGCAAUCAAACGCAGCAAGAUCCGCAGCUGCUGAAGGUGAUAAACUUAACCGCCAUUGCCAUACGACGCUUGAUAAAGAUGUCGAAGAAGAUCAGCGCCUUCAAGAACAUGUGCCAGGAGGAUCAGCUGGCGCUGCUGAAGGGAGGCUGCACGGAGAUGAUGAUUCUACGGUCCGCCAUGCAGUACGAUUGUGAUAGAGCAACAUGGAAGAUACCUCACAGCCAGGAGGAAAUGUCAAACAUACGUGCCGAUGUGCUCAAGCUUGCCAAGGGUAAUGUGUACCAGGAGCAUGAACGGUUCAUACGAACGUUCGAGAAGAAAUGGCGCUCGGAUGAGAACAUCAUUUUAAUCAUGUGUGCCAUAACGCUGUUUUCGCCCGAUCGUCCCAAAACUAUACACUCCGAUGUGAUUAAACUGGAACAGAACUCGUACUACUAUUUGCUACGUCGAUACUUGGAAAGCAUCUAUCCCGGAUGCGAGGCACGCUCGGUAUUCCUAAAGCUGAUGCAGAAGAUAUCGGACCUACACUUUUUGAACGAUGAAAUAAUCAGCGUUUACCUGAAUGUCAAUCCAUCCGAGGUGGAACCACUGUUGCGUGAAAUAUUUGACCUUAAGGUGCACUAGGUGUGUCGCUAUUUUCUUGUAAUCGCUAUCCGGCGGCCUGGUGACAAUGCACCGCAUAUGACACACCAAUAGCUAUGUGCAAUAUUUUAUAUUUGUGUGCUAGAGAAUUGAGAAGCAAGCAUUUAGUUUGCUUACGGAUGCACUACCCUAAUCUGUCUAGUAAUGCUAGCGACGCUUUAAACACGAUGAUCGGUUAUGAUUUCUACAUGGAGGCAUAUAGUUUGUAAAAUGCUUAGGUUAUUUUAUUUCAUAUCGCCAGUUUUGUACACAUCACGCCACACAGAUUAGUCAGUGUUAUGUUACGCCGUAAACAAGCUUGCCAGGAUGCAAGCUAAAUAAGUUACGAUCGUUGAUCACUAGCAGUACAGUUCAGCAGGCUGCUUCACAGAACAAAGUGUUAAGUAACAGCGGCAAGUUCGGUAUGCAGAAGCUUUAAACUAAGGUACAAUGGUAUCAAUAAGCAACUCGCGUGGAAGCACACAUCGUCCUACAGGGAGAGGAUGUCAGAGAGACAUGUAAUGAAACUAAGAUGUUGAAAAUAUUGGCCUUAUAGAAUUGUGAUGAACCAGCAGCGUUAGCUAGAAUGAAUUUGCAGAAGUUUACCAGUUUUUGUUGUGGUUGUUUAACGUACGAUAACGUUCACGUUCGACACAUUUUUUUUAUGUAACCAUACAUACGCUUGAUUUAAUGAGGUGCCCCAUACUGCAAGUAAAACCGCAAUCGACCACAAAUAGUUCAAAUUACAGUUAGACAGAUGAUGAAGCAUAGCUUCGUAUUUUAUUUCCUACGUAUUGACACAUUUGUAAUGUGUGUUUGCUCGGUGUUACGGGAAACCGUUGGAAACCGUGCUCUGUAUGUUUCGUCAAAUGUAUUGUUAUUGUAUGGAAUGUAAUUGUACUUUUUGCUUUUGAACAAAUUACACGUAUAGAAUGUAAAUAAACUAUAUUUUCGUUCCUGUGCAUUGCAUGAAACACGAUCGUA